UUCCUGCAGGCAUGACGAGUGGAUGUCUGUUUGUUUUUUACUUUGCGAAGCUCGUGCUGUCUCUUCCUGUCCUUCCCUUCCUUCCUCCUCUCCCACGUUCUCCAACUUCUCCCCGUCGCGUACGUUGAAUCGUAGAGGUCGUCGAGCUCGAUCUUCAGCUGCAAAUUCACGAGGAACUUGCACGGAUGAUGACAGAUUGAUCACCGCUGGAAGAGGUUUCCUCCGAAGUGAUGAAGAUCCGCCGCUGCAGCUUCAACCAAUGUCCGCUUAUCUUCCUCCUCUCCGCAAUCAUGCUCCGAGUUGCGCCGCUCGACUCGGUGUCCGCAGCUUGCGAGCUCAGCGUCGUCGACCGCAAGAAGCUUUACAACUACAGCUUGGUGUCCCCGAUUCAGAAGUUCCCUCACGGCGCUCUCAGCGAGGACGGGUUUUACAAAGUUGCGGCUAAUGGGUCCGUGGUCUGGUUUCAGAUUUGCAAUGGAAUGAUCUUCAAUCACGAUGCACCUAGAUGUUUUGACUGCUCGGAUUGCGGUGGUCCAUUACAUUGUGGCAUGCAAUGCAGUGCACUUGUAGCAAAUGAUGUUGGAGGAUAUCCUGUAUGCACCGCCAUUGGCCAUGCGUCUGGCAUCAACAUUAGUAUUGCCGAUAAAAAGAAUCCUCAUAGUGGUGUAAUUGUUAAGAUGUCUAGUGUUAACCAAGAGGUUGAUGGCAAGAAGGUCAACUGCUCACUUACUGUAACAGUCUUAUGUGACUAUAGUGGAGCACAAGGACCACAUAUUUUGGAGAGAUCAGGAGCUUGUGACUAUGCUACAGUGCUGAGGCAUCCCUCUGGAUGUGCCAAAGUUGUAUACAUUCAUGGCAGAGGAUGGGUUUGGUUUGGUAUUUUCGUGAUACUAAUGUUCUCUCUCUUAGGAGGGUAUCUCUUAGCUGGUACAGUGUAUCGAUAUUUUGUGCUUGGAGUUCACGGAAUAGAUGCAAUUCCAAAUUUGGAGUUCUGGGCUAAUUUACCUCACAGGACACAGUGCGGAAAUUCCGGGGACCGUCUGAAGGCUCUCGAAGCUCAUAUUCUCCCGUCAACUUUUGAGGAACCACGUCUUUCGACAGUACUCGAUUGGGUAAUAAAUUUUGGCUCCCUAGAUUCCACAUUGCAUAGGGAGUUCCAAGUCCUAAGGCAUAACUGCGAGAUCAGUACAGGUAAGAUAUCUAGGGAGAUUCAAUUUCACUGUGAUGUCCCUUGUCAUAUAUACUCCAUCGUGGGUAGAUAUUAUCCAGUUGACCAAGUGAUGGGACUACAAAAAUAUAAAAAAAAUUUCCCAAUUUUGAUUUUGAUGUGAUAAUAGUCCUUUAGCUUUUUCACUGGUGAAUUUAAUUAUAUUUUUGGAUAUAUAAUACAUGAGUACUUACAGAAAAUGGGUAGCCUGUGAAAGAUAAUGCUCAGGCUUAAGGAUUUGUUAAAA